GACCCGGAGGGGCGCCAUGAGAAGCACCGCAAACGCCGUCGGGAUGAUGACCACACUCACCGAAGUCGUCGUGGUGGUCCUGAAGCAGACAGAGACGAAGUUGAAGGUCGCCGCGCUCGCUCUUCUGGCACCAAAGUGCGUCCACCUAGCCCACCAAAAAAUGCAGAGGGCCAAGCAAAGAGCGAAGAUGACUCCUCGUCGGACAGCUCUGACUCCGAGAAACAGCCUGAGGAGAACAAGGACAAGGAGCCGGCCCAAGCCCUGGAGAAGUUGCAAGUGACGAAGUCGAAGUUCGAGGCCCACGUGGCCAUUGCUGGCCGGGUGGAUGACCUCACUGCCAGGGCUAUGUCUUUCAGCCGUGCUUUGGUGCGAGGAACCCAGGCCCUUCGAACUGCGGCUCGCAUUGCGCGUGAAGCGGCGAUGAGUUUUGAAUCAGAGAUGGAGAAUUUCAUCGCGGCCCAGCAGGACAUCAACCGCACCUUCAACAUCGACGAGACGAACAACCCCUAG